AUGGAUUUCUGUCCCUACACUGGCUGGAUCAAAAAGUUUGAGGAAGAAGAGGCAUCAAAGGGUGAAGGACACCGAGAUAGAGAAAAGAGGGAAGGAGGACCUGACACAGGAGGGAACUCUCAGCUGUCUACCUCAAAAGGUGAAUCGCAAGAUGCAGGUAGUGGCGGCGGCGGGAGCGGUAGCAGAAGUGGUAGAAGAGGACACGGGUCGACAUCAGGUGGGGUGGAUCAGCCAUCCCCUUCACAGUCCAUCACACCUCAGGCCUCACUUUCGCUUUCUAUCAGCUCAAAGUUGGCACGUGAGCUUGUGGCAGGCUCAACAAAGCAGUUACGCAGACCUACCCAUGUAGUUCGACCCGCACCUUCACCACCAGUUGCUGCACCUGUUACGGACCCUGUAUUACAUCCAACUGUGCUUGUAAAAGUUUUCAGGUUUCUGUCAUUGGCAGAUCUCGGCCACUGUGCUUUGGUAUGUAAAGCGUGGUCCAGAGCAUCCAUUGACCCUCAGAUCUGGAGGCGUAUUGACUUGCCAAGGCGGCGUCCCUCAGCCUCACUUCUAGCAGGCAUCGUACGCCGGCAACCUGGGGCCUUGCUCCUCAACUGGAUGAGACCACCGCUGACAAAGCAGCAGCUUGCCUGGCUCAUCGUGAGGCUCCCACAGUUACGAGAACUGUCACUGCAAGGGUUCUCCUGGACCGGUAUCUCAGCCCUCAGGUCAUGCACUUGUCCUCCCCUCUCUGUGCUUGAUCUCAGUUUUGUUUCAGGAUUCAAUGAUGUAUCCUUGCGAGAACUGCUGAGCCCACCACCUGACAUGCGACCAGGUCUGGUAGGGUCUCCUUCACGACUGAAAGGCCUGCAUACGCUCCGCUUAGCAGGAUGCGACAUCUCGGAUAUGGCUCUGCGCUACAUAGCACAGAAUUUACCAAAACUUGUGGAGCUAGAUGUAUCACAGUUGUACUUUGAAGUGAGUGACUGCAGAGGUGUUGACACAGGGCUCCGCACCAGGGAGUCAGCUUAA